AUGCUGGGUGGUGGACGCGUAUUUGGUGUUGCGCAUUUGUACGACUUUCCCUGGGCAAGCCUUGGUAAGGCAAAGGUGGUCGACGUGGGUGGAGGUGUCGCGCACGACUUUUUCAAGGCAAAUCCCGGGUAUCAUACUUCCUCCAUGCGCAUUUCUUCAUUCAUUAUUGCGAGCAUUUCGUUCACGCAGAAAGAAAUCAAAAAAAACACUGACCGUCACAGACAUGACUGGUCCGACGACUACUGUGUCGAGAUCCUCUCCAAAAUCAAGACAGCAAUGCAUCCAUCCUCGCGCAUUCUCAUCUGUGAUCAGGUCGUGAAUACUACAGCAGGAUUCCCAAGCAGUAUCUCGUCGGCACCCGAGCCACUGUCGGCAAACUACGGGUAUUUUACACGGUACAGCCACCAGCGGGACAUCACCAUGAUGAGCAUAAUCAACGGGAUUGAGCGUACGCCGGUGGAGUUUCAAAAUAUUAUCGAGCGAGCAGGGCUCGUCAUGAGUAAGAUUUAUGACUGUCGCAGCCCUGUCUCUCUCGUGGAGUGUGUCCUGCCCGAGCAAACUACCAAUGGAGACCAUUAG